AGAUGGCUCCACCAGUAUGGGCGAGAGGAAAUCAACCAAAAAUAAAUAAACCUCCAACAAAGUUAUCCUGUGUAAAGUCAGUCAAACGUUGGGGGCGAGUGUGCGCCGUGGGUUAGUGAUAAAGCUGAGCCUCCAGCCUCCCUUUGUUGUUGUUCUCACGCUAACAUGCGAGAUCCGAGGAGCAGACUCGCCUGCGCGGUCGCAUUCCGCCCUGACUUCCCCUCUGCCAGCGGCCUGGUGCUUUGAGAUGAACAGAAGAUGUCGGUUUCGGGGCUGAAGGCCGAACUGAAGUUUUUGGAGUCAAUCUUUGACCCAAACCACGAGCGAUUCAGAAUCAUAGACUGGAAACCCGACGAACUCAGCUGCCAGUUCAACGUAACCGGCGAAAAGCUGCUGAUCAUUCACUGCAACAUCACGGAAUCCUACCCCUCCACUCCACCGAUAUGGUUUGUUGACUCUGACGAUCCCAGUCUGGCUGAGGUGUUGGAGCGCCUGGAGGAUGUGAGGAAAGGAAGCACGCUGCUUCUGCAGCAGCUGAAGCGCCUCAUUUGUGACCUCUGUCGACUCUACAACCUGCCGCAGCAUCCAGACGUGGAAAUGCUGGACCAGCCGCUGCCCGCUGGACCAAUCACCCAGGAGCGCAAACACGGGCCCACCGACGAGGUGACGUCUGAAGAGGAAGAGGAAGAGGAGAUGGGAGAGCAGGACAUAGACCUGGACCAAGACCUGGACCACUAUGACAUGAAAGAGGAGGAGCCGGCAGAGGGUAAAAAGUCAGAGGAUGAUGGAAUUGAAAAGGAAAAUCUGGCCAUCUUGGAGAAAAUACGGAAAAACCAGAGACAAGAUCACUUGAAUGGUGCAGUCUCUGGCUCGGUGCAAGCCUCGGAUCGCCUCAUGAAGGAACUCAGGGAGAUCUACAGGUCACAGAGUUACAAAACAGGUAUUUAUUCAGUGGAGCUACUCAACGACAGCCUUUAUGAAUGGCACGUCAAGUUAAGGACGGUAGACCCAGAUAGUCCAUUACACAGUGACCUGCAGGUUCUAAAAGAAAAGGAAGGCGUGGACUACAUUCUGCUUAAUUUCUCUUAUAAAGAUAAUUUCCCUUUCGACCCACCUUUUGUGCGGGUGGUCUCGCCUGUGCUCUCCGGAGGUUAUGUUCUAGGAGGAGGAGCCUUGUGCAUGGAGCUUCUCACUAAACAGGGCUGGAGCAGUGCCUAUUCCAUUGAAUCUGUCAUUAUGCAGAUAAAUGCAACUCUGGUGAAAGGCAAAGCCAGGGUGCAGUUCGGAGCCAAUAAGAACCAGUACAAUCUUGCAAGAGCACAACAGUCGUAUAAAUCCCUGGUGCAGAUUCACGAAAAGAACGGCUGGUACACACCACCUAAAGAGGACGGAUAAUGAGGGGCCUCCACUAUGCACUAGGAACACGUCUUUGGGUCAUCUUGUUUUCAUCUGAAUAUUUUCCCUCUCUGACUUACUGGGAAUAUAUCAUCUGUCUCACGGAAACCAUCUCGUUGGCUCUUCUGACAAGUAUUCUUUCGCUGUGCCCCUGGAAAGACUCAACUCUGGUCUCACGUCCGCCCUCAGCAUCUCAGCGAGGAAGAGGAGGAUGUGAGGAUACCGCUCGUCCUGUUUUCUAGAUAUGCUCAUUUGUCUUUUCGAAAAAGAAGAGGGGGGGAAAAAAAACAGACUUUUCUCCCCUGUAAGUGUGGGGAAAUGCUUUUUCUUUAGCUGCUUUGACAAAGUGGGCCCCCACAGGCAGUUACCCCUCUGAAUGGGAAUUUUAAAGGAAGAUUGAUACUGAAGCUCUUGGAGUGGCACCUCAUUGCACCAGUUUUUAAUUUACUGUGAUUUUUUUUUUUUUCUUUCCUUCUGUUUUUCUUUUGAAAAUGAACAGGUACAUAAAGGCAAAUACUGUUUUAGACAUAUUUUCUGGCAAUUAUUUUUGUUAUUUGAGCAUCCUAGAUAAUAAAGGAGCCGAGUUCUUAUGUUCGAAGCUUAUAUUGAAAUUGAGAUUAUCUACCACCCUGUAUCAAUAGCUUACUUUUUAAAUGUUUGGGGACAAAAGAAACAAAACAAACUUCUAGUCACGCUGCGGUGCUGUUGAAGGAAGGUAGCUGAUCAACAAACCCCCCCCCGUGGUGAGCAGGAUGUAUCUCUGCAUCGUGCUUGUCUAGAGAAGAAAAACCUUUUUGUCAGCAGUUCUAACAGGCCUAACGCUGGAGCCGAAAGGCUCUUUGCUUUUUUUUUGCCUGAUCUCUUUUACCGCCCCGUUAAGUGCAUACCUGGCUGUGAGUGGUCCCGGCAGUGGACGGCGGUGUGGACGGCGGUGUGGACGGCGAGGCCCGCCGUGUGCAGAGGAAGGCGUGUUGUACAGGAGCCUGGUCUCCGCCGUGUGUGGGGCUGGUUUAGCGGAGGAAAUAAAGAGGAUGUACAGAUGUUGGAUCUUUGGUCAUUCUUCUGCCCGUUUUCACCAAAUUUGACGUCGUCUUCACUGUUAAAUUAGACAUGAGAAAAGGCGGUUGCUUUAGGGCGGUAGUCUCUCGGUAGUCCUCUCACAGAAACCAGCCGGUACGAAGCAGAGGCAGGACGGGUGAAACCCCAGCAGGCCCCCGGGUUGAAAACGGAGCUGCUUCUGUGUGUGGUCUCUGUUUGCGGCGUUUUGACCGGAGAUCCCGAUCCUCUAAAGCCGGUCGGUAAGGUGGCGGCAGGACUCAGUGGUUAAAUCAGAAGUGCCAUAUCCUUUAGAGGGGACCAAGAGGAUGUUGGGCGACUGGCCGCGCUGCAUUCGGGGUCUAAGGCUCCUUCACUGAAGCAUCAGGGUGUGAUGGCACCGCCUUGUUUUCUGUUUUCCCCUGCAGUUUCUUAACCCGCUUACUCAAACGUGGAAGAAUAACCCAAACUAAAUGACAGUUUAAGCAUGAUUGAAUUGCCAUAAUGAGGGAUCAGUGAUUAAAACCAUCCAGUGAAAGUGGAGUUGGUCCUGUCCAUCCUCUGUGGGACGUGUUUUCAUGUGACUGUUGGAGAGGGAUCGUUUGUCACGUGUGGAAAACCUAAAACUCAGUACCCGUAGGAAACUUUCCAUUCUUAACCACGAAGAUGCAAUAUCCUGCUGUCCUCUGUACCACAGAGCAGGCACUGUAUCUAUCAAUCUGACGGCUUUUUUGCGGCACAUUUGUCAGUGUCGCAAAAGCGUCCAAACGGCAACUCAGGUAACAAAGAACUUUCGUGCUGGGGCUCACACACGUUCCUGUUAUCGGUCACUUUCUGGGAUGAAUUAGCGCUCGGCACCACUGAUGUUUGGCCCCUCACCACCACCCCUCAGCCGAUGUCAGAAACAGCAGAAGUCGCAUGUUUGUUGUUUUAUUGUUGGUUUUGCUCUGGUUAUUCAGGCAAUGAAGGGUGGAGAGGGUUACACAGGGGGUCUGGGAUUCCAGUAGCAUGAUGAGCUCCUGUGUCUGUUGUAAUAGUUGCUUUUGUACUCCCAGUUGUAGUUUGUGAUCUCAAAGGAUUUUCAGAUUAUGGGGUUUGCACAGCUGGCAGCGACGUGCCUGCAGAGGUGAUCCAACGAAAGACGAGAGCCGGCUUAUUUUCACGUCGGGGAAAACUAUUUCUCGAUCCGCAUCCUGUUACAUGUCUGAGAUGUAUGCGAGGGGGGUGGGGAGGGUGGGGGGUUAUCAGGCGUUUUUAGAAGUGUCCUCACCUUUGGCCAAGCUGUUGUGUGGUGAGAAAAGUUGCACCACAAGUGUUACGGAAUUUAACAGAAAAAUCUCAUUAAACAAAAUUGAAAAAAAUAAAUAAAAAGGUCAAUCCCAGAAGUGGUGGCUGUAGAAGCGGAGCGGAUUGACUUUGACAGUGAUGCCGUGGUGAUUGGACUUGCACGCUUCUCUAACUGGACUGUGUUGAAAAGAUGGAUUUAUCUUUGAAUUGUCAAUAAUCUUUUCUGGAUCACACAAGUGAUGGAGUCUGGCUCUGCUGGCUCGCUUUGGUUUUCUUUUGUUUUUCAUUUCCCAUUUGAAGAAAUUUUGACCAUGUACAGUAAUUUGUAAACUUGCAUCAAGUUUAUGAAUAAAGAAUUUUAAGAUUAUUGCUGA